AUUUAGGCCAAGCAAAAUUCAAAAUUCACUUCGCAGUAGAAAAUUUCCGAUUUUGAUUUUAGACAAAAUGCCCUUCGCCGAUGAUGAUUGGUCAACUAAUGUCACAAUCAAUUCCAUAACCAGCGAACUGGAGCGCACACACCUGGCUCGCUCACCUCAGCUGCUGCAGCAGCUGAACAGCCUGGCUGAGCCCUGGCAGGAGCUGGGGCACACGGACUCCAUUCGCUUGAAAGAGUACUAUCACGGCGAAGUCUAGACAGAACUGGAGCUCUAUACAGACGGAUAUGUAGAGCGAAGCAAUUGAAAAUCAGCAGGAAAGUCAGCAAUAGCAACACCUGUCGCACAGCGCUCACACCUGGCAAUUAGGCGCAUAAAACAAACAGAGCGCGCGGGCGCCAUGUGAGCGGGCGCAAACGGACCAAGCGGCAAGGCGAAGCUAGCGAAAAACACAAAUUGUGACAAAGUUUCGGAAAUUUAAUUAAAAUCAAAUACACUCAA